CAAGUUCUCGUGCUUGCCGCCAUCCCCAGCCAUUGUGUUCGCAACUUGGCCACUGUAGCAAUGAGUAAACCAGGAGAUUUCGAAGCCGUCGCUGCAGACAUCAGAAAGAUUCUACACCAACCCGAGUACGACGAUGGUAGUGCUGGCCCAGUGUUAGUACGUCUGGCCUGGCACUCGGCGGGUACAUAUUGUGCAGAGACCGACACAGGUGGCAGUAACGGAGCAGGCAUGCGCUAUGAGGCAGAAGGCGGAGACGAAGCAAAUGCUGGCUUGCAACAUGCCCGUGUUUUCCUGGAACUCAUCAAGGAGAAGCAUUCGUGGAUAUCCUACGCGGAUCUUUGGACACUUGCCGCCGUCGUUGCAUUGAAAGAGAUGGGAGGUCCUCAGAUAAAAUGGCUCCCUGGCAGAACCGAUUAUGUCGACGACAGCAAACUCCCUCCUCGCGGUCGCCUUCCAGAUGGUGCUCAGGGUGCCGACCAUAUCCGCUUCAUCUUCUACCGCAUGGGCUUCACAGACCAAGAGAUUGUCGCACUCAGUGGAGCACACAAUCUCGGAAGAAUGCACAUGGAUCGCUCUGGCUUCCAUGGCCCCUGGGUCCCUAACGGCACUCGGUUCAACAAUACCUACUUCAAGAUCAUGACAGAAUAUGAGUGGAAGGAGAAGACGCUCGAGAAUGGCGUCAAGCAGUUUGUCUACGUCGAUGAGGACUUGGAUGAAGAAUUGGCCAUGCUGCCAACUGAUCUUGCGCUCGUCAAGGAUGAGUCGUUUGCUCCGUGGGUCAAGAAGUAUGCCGAGGACAAGGAGCUCUUCUUUGAUCACUUCGCGAAGGCUUUUGGCAAGCUUCUGGAGUUGGGUAUCCAGAGGGAUGCCAAUGGAAACGUCAAGAACACAGACAACGUCAAGGGUGGCUACCACAGCGCACCGAAGAAGUCUUCAAAGCCUGGCAAGCCGAAGACCGCCGGAGAUGGUAUUGCCGAGCCCCUGCAGGAAGAGAAUGCGCGUUUCAAGGCUAGACUUUAG